UCAAAGUAGAGUUAUGGAAUAGUAUGACGGAACAGGUUGCUAGUACGCUGAUGUUUUGUGAUACAGCUAGAGCGGUGUGGACACAGGCUAAGGAGUUGUAUUCAGGUGUCAACAAUCUCCGUCGCACAUAUGAUCUUCAUCAGUCUUUCUUUAAUAUAUCUCAGGGUGAUGAUUCUUUUGAGGAUUAUUAUGCUAAGUUUCGCCGCAUUUGUAAUGAAUUGGAUAUAUGUGAGCCACUUACUACUGAUAUUCAGGUUAUACGGCGCCAGCGUGACCGCAUAAGGGUUACUCGUUUUUUAUUUGGUGAGUCAUCCACUUUUGGCCCUGUGGGUAAUCAGAUUUUGGGGAAUCGUGACUUACCUCCUCUAAGCAAGGUAUUUAGUCGUCUCCGGCAAUCAUCGUCUAUUUCUGCACCGACUUCUGGCCGUUCUGCUUUGUCUUCCACUAUUUCUGACAGUUCUGUUUUCUCUGUUAGCCAUGGUCGUGGUCAUGACUCUGGAGGCCGUGGUUUUGGUCGUGGCUUUGGUGGUCGUGACUCUGGUUUUGAUCAUCGUGGGGGUCGCAUAUCAGGGAGAGGUGGCCGCGGUCGCGGUCGUGAUUCCAGAUUUUGUACACAUUGUUGGGGUACGAAUCAUACAGUAGAGUUCUGUUAUAAUCUUCAUGGUUUUCCUAAGGCUCAUCAGGCUGCUAGCUCUCAAGAUACUGGACAGUUUACUCAGUCCUCUGCCAAUAGUGUGGCUAUUCCAGUUGAGGAGUACCAACGCUUUAUGUGAUUUCAGGCUACGACAGGAUCCUCUAUUGCUACGCUUGCUCAGACCGGUACAUCUGUUACUUGUGUUGCCUCCUCUUCUUCCUCUCCUUGGGUUAUUGACUCGGGCGCCACAGUUCAUAUGACUGGUACAUAUGUUUUCUUUGAUCGACAGCCAGUUGGUAGACCAUCUCAUGUUACCUUAGCUAAUGGCUCUACCACUGUUGUUACUGGUUUUGGUUCCGUCCUUGUCACUUCCUCUCUUACUUUGUCAUCUGUUUUACAUGUUCCUCGUUUACCGUUUAAUCUUAUGUUUGUGAGCCACCUUACAAAAUCUUUAAAUUGUUCCGUCACAUUUCUUCCUCAUGGCUGUGUAUUUCAGGAUCUUAAGUCGGGGAAGAAGAAUGGUGGGGGCAUUGAGCGAGGUGGCCUAUAUUACCUGACUAAUCCUCAGCCUGCAGCUCUUCAGACAUCAGAAUCUCCUUACCAACACUGUCGUCUAGGUCAUCCCUCUCUUCAGAGUCUGAAGCACCUUGUGCCCUCCUGUCGUUCCAUUAAUAAGUUGGUCUGUGAGGUCUGUGAGUUUAGUAAACACCAUAGAGUCACUUUUUUACCUAGGGUUGAGUGUCGUGCGUCACGUCCUUUUCAGUUAGUUCAUUCAAACAUUUGGGGUCCUAUUCAUGUGCCCAGUGUUUCUGGUUUUCAAUAUUACGAUAUUUUUGUGGAUGAUUAUUCUCAUAUCACAUAUCUUUAUCUAAUGAAAGAGCGAUCUGAAUUGAAAUCUGUUGUUCAAACUUUUUACAUGGAAGUCAAGAAUCAAUUUGAUACUUGUGUUAAGAUAUUUCGUUCAGAUAAUGCCCGCGAAUAUUUUCACCAUCUCCUUCCUCAGUUUUUCGCUGAUCAUAGCAUUGUUC